AUGCCUCUGGUGAGAAGAAUAGCGACUGGCCCAACUUGUUCUAUAGGACUCAUCGGCCAGUCAGGUCGCAAGUACAACAUCAAAAAAGUCCUUCAGGAAGAAUCAUUUCCUCCACGGCAGGUUUACUUGGCGACAAGUGCUGAAGAUGAAAGGAAAAGGUUCAUCUUAAAAUACAUUCACUCGGUCAAUUUUGACGAUCUCCAAGUGAUCAAUAAUAGACUGCGCAAUUGUGCUCGCCAUGUCCGUCUUCCCCAAGAUAUCAUACCGGAGAAGUCGAUGUUUGUGUUUGAGUAUUUCACAGACCACCUCUUGCAUCUUGCUCAAACAGACUUGUCUGUUGCUGCGAGGAAAAAGAUCCUUAAAGAUGCUCUUCAUGGAAUAGCAGAGCUCCAUGAUCAGGAUAUUGUGCAUACAGAUAUCAAAGCGGAUAAUAUCUUUGUCGACUGCAAACCUGGUAUUCAACGCGUUCAACUGGGAGAUCUCGAGGAUGCAGCAUACAUCCCCCCUGGCUCAUCUAUGAUUGGAAAACAGGCAGGAAACUGGAUGUGGAGGAGUCCUGAGGCCCAUGCUCAAGGGCCAGUGAAUAAGCCGUCAGAUAUCUUCUCCUUUGCUCUUGUGUGCAUUUAUGCAAUGCAUAAAAGGGUGAUUUUUGCUGUUGGAGAAGAUGAGCUGGAAGAAGGCGUGGAUCCGUUGGCUGUGGUGAUUGAGCGGCAAAUCUCGUACUUUGCAGAUGAAGAUGGACUCAAGGGCUUUCUGGAACGUCUUGGAGAUAAUCCCUGGGUUCGAGUCUUUGAGGUCACCAGAGAUGGGUUCAAUCAAGACAACCCACGGAGACCCUUUGCGCUUUGGAAGGGAGUCGACGAUGACUUUAAAGAUCUGAUUGCUGCCAUGACCAAUUUUGAUCCAGAGAAGAGGCUCACAGCCCGUGAGGCCUUGGCACAUGAGUGGUUCAAGGUAAAUAAAUGA